UUAAAUUGACUGUCAGUGUCAUUUUUUCAUGGAGAUUAUGUUUUAAUUUAAGAUAUUAAGGAGAGAUCUGAGAAUUUUACAUUUAAUGUGUCCAAAUGUGAUAAAUGUUAACAUUCGAGGAUUCUGCAAAAAGGUAGAAAAAAACUGUUCAACUGCAGAGGGAAAGGAAAGAAAAGACUGAAAAUUGAAGACAUUAAGAUUUAUAAAAGCAAGUGCCGGUGCAAAAUGACCUCAACACAGGUCCAGGUGGCAAUUUCCACGACCCAGGAGGAGCAACCUCUACUUCUUAAAAAUGGAUUAACCUCUAAUGGUGACAACACAAUCAACAGCAAAAUCAACGGUUGCACGAGGCUUCGAACGAACGGCCACGUACCGUUUCGGUCUGCUGCUCAGAAAAGGAUCGACAUACCAAAGCCGAUUAAGCGUAAGGAAUCUUUCGAGCAGGCGUCAUUCGUCUCAGCAGCACUUACACAUUUUGGUUUUUACAUCCUAAUGUUUUUGGGGUUCAUAAGCCAAUUACUAUUUCCUCCGAAAGUAGCACAAGAACAAAAUAGAAAGGGUUUCGCCCCGCUUUACGAGAAUUUUGAGCAGUUUUAUUUGCGAUAUGUAUAUCGUAGGGUCAGGGAUUGCUGGAACCGUCCUAUUUGUUCUGUGCCUGGAGCCAUGGUCACACUAAAAGAUAGGAUUACCCGCGAUUACGGAUGGACCUUUGAAUUUACGGGGACUGAAACUCGUUGUAUAAAUCUGGGAUCUUACAACUACCUAGGUUUCGCUGAGUCCACCGGAUCAUGUGCCAAAGAAAGUAUAGAAACGCUUAAAAAAUUUGGAUGUGCCAGUUGUAGCUCUCGCCUCGAAUUAGGGAGCAUGCCAAUCCACGAAGAAUUAGAGAAGCUGACUGCUAGAUUUUUGGGUGUUGACGAUGCCAUCGUUUUUGGAAUGGGAUUCGCCACAAACACUCUGAAUAUUCCUUCUUUAAUCAGCAAAGGCUGUUUAGUUCUCAGCGAUGAGAAGAACCACGCUUCUCUUAUUCUUGGCUUAAGGCUUUCUGGAGCAACGACCAGAGUAUUUAGGCAUAACAAUGUGAAGCAUCUGGAGCAAAUCUUGAAGAAGGCGAUAGUAUCUGGUCAACCUGAGGGUGGAAAGCCUUGGAGGAAAAUUUUGAUAGUCGUCGAGGGCAUUUACUCGAUGGAGGGCUCCAUCGUGCAUCUUCCUGAAAUAAUAGCCUUAAAGAAAAAGUACAAGGCCUAUCUUUAUCUAGAUGAAGCGCAUAGUACGGGCGCAAUAGGUAAAAGUGGCAGAGGAGUGUGUGAUUAUUAUGGAGUCGAUCCAAGGGAAAUUGACAUUCUCAUGGGAACUUUCACAAAAAGCUUUGGAUCUGCUGGUGGAUACAUAGCUGGCACGAAGGAUUUAAUCAAUUAUUUAAGAGUCUAUAGUCAUGCACACACAUAUGCAGCCGCGAUGUCUCCGCCAAUUGCCCAGCAAAUUAUCACCUCGAUGCGAAUCAUUGCGGGCGAAGAUGGAACAGAUGCGGGUAGAAAACGGACCAAGCAGCUUGCUAGAAAUACUCGAUAUUUCAGAAGGCGGCUUCAUCAAAUUGGAGUCAUCAUUUACGGGAAUGAAGACUCGCCAGUCGUGCCAAUGCUAGUCUACCUCUAUUCGAAAAUAGGAUCUGUGGUUCGAACUCUCACUACGAAAAAUAUAGCAACAGUCGGCGUUGGAUUUCCGGCUACUCCCUUGAUGGAAGGAAGAAUAAGAUUUUGUCUUUCAGCAGCACACACAAAGGAACAAUUGGACUAUGUUUUGGCGAAUAUCAAAGAUAUAUCCGACAAUUUAGGACUCUGUUAUUCAUACAAACCACGGGACCCAAAUCCAAUCGAAUAUUAUUCAGACAGUGAAACGGAUUGACCAAGCAUUUGUUGAAGAAAAGGGACUCAAAAUACAGAUCCACCGGUAAGACAACUGAGACUCCCAAUCUCAGUAACACCAAAAAUUUAGGAUAGCGUGCAAUAAAGGCACUCAAGAAGUUCGAAACAGUUUAAGCGAAGCAAUCAAAUGUUGCUUGCACAAUGCACUCUUUAAAGCAGAGCUCUUAAAGGUACAACGCUUUAGAAGUAGGCGAUCAAAAUGGAUCAAGGCGCAUCAAUAUUCCGCAAAUUCUGCAUUUUCUAAGGUAUAUUUUAUAGAAAUCCAAUUGACAGUAUUUUAUUUUUUCUCACUACUCUUUGCACUAAAUUUAUCUUGUCGAAUUCUCAUUUUUCAUUAGUUUUAUUUAUUCGGUAAGGUAAAAGUGAGGCCAAACGAUAAUUCAGAAAAAUGUGAAUGCUGAGAAAUGACAUUUCAAAAAAAUAAUAAUUCAGUAAAAUAAAACUUAGGACAAAUGAUAAUUCGGAAAAAUAGAAAUAAGCGAAAUUGCCAUUCUUACAAAUGAAUUUUGGUGAAAUAAACAUUAAUAAAAGUAGAUUCUGCGAAGUAUUUAUGCACCUCGAUGAAAAAUCGUACCUCAGGCGCAAUAGGGGCCAUUAAAGCAAGUAGAGAGACUAGUUACAAACUUAAAAUGACUUUUAUAAAAAAAAGUACAUAAUUUAUCCCCAAAUGUCUAUCCAGUAUCUGCCAGAAAUAUCAUUGAUAUCAAAAUUAAUUAUAAAUACGUGCAAAGCUUCAAAAUGAAGCUUGAAAUAUAUUUUAAAACUCUUUUCUAACUUUUUCACAAAAGACGGAAUGCUUAAUUUUAGUAAAAAUAUUAAUAAAUCCGUACGGCCUUACUUAAUUUUUGAGAUUAAAAGUUUGAAACAAUUUGAUAUUAACCAUGAAAUUCGCAAGAGAUCAAAUUCAUAAUAGUCAACAAAGUGCUGAUCCUACUGUUCUGUACGUUUAUUACAUUAUUAUCUCGAGUAGGAUACAAAAUUUCUUUUAAGGUUCUUUAUCAAAUAUUUUUAAGAAUAUAAAAUAUUUUUUAAAUACAAGGAUCAACGCGAUGUUGAAUAAUGGCUAUCUAUUUAUAAAUAUCAGAAAAUAAUUGUUAAAAUUUCGUAUAAAUUAAUAACUUUUUACAAAACUCCAAUUUUUAAAAUAAAAAUCGAGUAAUUUAUUACCUAUUGUCAUUUUCAAAAUAUCAA